CGUGCGCAUCCCUUCGCGCAGAGGCGCGCUGGCAUUCUGGACUCAGCGCUCCUCUCGGCUCCAUCCGGAAUGGAGCUGUCUGCCGCGGACCAGGCAGUGGUGCGCGCGCUGUGGAGGAAGAUGGGUACCAACCUCAGCAUCUAUGUGACCGAGGCUUUGGAGAGGACCUUUCUGGCCUUCCCUUCCACCAAGACCUACUUCCCACACUGGAACCUGAGUUCCGGCUCAGCCCAGGUCAAAGCCCACGGCCAGAAGGUGGCCGACGCGCUGACCCUCGCCGUGGACCAGCUGCAUGACCUGCCGGGAGCACUAUCAGCUCUGAGCGACCUGCACGCGCGCAAGCUUGGCAUAGACCCAGCCAACUUCCAGGGAGGGGGCCCUCUGCCCACAGCUCCUGGGCCACUGUCUGCUGGUCACCCUAGCCCGGCACUACCCUGGAGACUUCAGCCCUGCUGUGCACGUGUCACUGGACAAGUUUCUGAACCUCGUGACUUCGGCCCUGGCCUCCAAGUACCACUGAACUGGGUGCGGGUGGUCACUGGUCUCCUCUAUCCCCUCCCGUGAGGUCCUAGCAUUCAA